CCCACCAUUAAAAAAAAAAAAACAACAAACUCUAACCCCAAAUACCCCAUAAACCAACACCACCACCCACCAAACCAAACCAAACCCUAGACCACCACCACAUACACAUACCCUCCAUCUCUCUUCUCCUCCUUCAAAUACAAACCCUGGGUAAUUAUGUGACAAACUGUUUUAUUUACUUUCUUUUGUUCUUAAAGAAAGAGAAAGGAAAUGAGUACUACAACAACAAACCCUAUAAAUAGCGGUGUUGGUGGUGGGAGCAGUGGUGGUGGAGGUGCAGGUGGAAGUAGUGGUGGUGGAGGUGGGCCAUGUGGUGCUUGUAAAUUCUUGAGGAGGAAGUGUGUGCCAGGCUGUAUAUUUGCACCUUAUUUUGACUCGGAGCAAGGUGCGGCACAUUUUGCAGCGGUGCAUAAGGUUUUUGGUGCGAGUAAUGUGUCAAAGCUUUUAUUACACAUACCUGCCCACAAAAGACCUGAUGCUGUGGUCACAAUUUGCUAUGAGGCUCAAGCUCGUUUAAGAGAUCCAGUUUAUGGAUGUGUUGCUCACAUCUUUGCUCUUCAACAACAGGUGGUAAAUUUACAAGCAGAACUCUCAUACUUACAAGCCCAUCUAGCAGCAAUAGAGGUUCCAUCGCCACCUCCUCCACCACCGCCAGCACUAGUGACGCCGCCUCCAUUCUCAAUAGCUGACCUCCCAUCAGCCUCUUCUAUCCCCGGCGCCGCGUAUGAUUUAUCAUCUCUUUUUGAUCCAAUGGUGCAACCCUCAUGGUCCAUGCAGCCAAGACAGCUGGACCCCCAUCAGUUUGGAGGCAGCAGUGGCACGUCAGAAACUAGUGGUGGUGAUCUACAAGCAUUGGCUCGUGAGCUCCUCCAUAGACGAGGAUCUCUACCGCCAGGGUCCGUGCCCUGUAGUGACGCAUUAGCAUCAUCAUCUAUCUCUAAAUGAGACCGACAUUAUAUUAACAAAGUACUUUUACUAAUGGGAUGCGAACCAGGGGGUUUAAUUUCCCUGCUAUUUCGCUGGCCAUGCAUGAUUUGGUAGUUUGAUAAUUGAUCGAUAUUUCUUUUUGUU